AUGUCCCUCUCAUUUACUACAAAUCUCAACAAUUAUGGACCUUUUGGAAGUACACCAGCCGAUGCCGAUCAGUAUUUCUCUGUUUCGAUAGAAGACAGUGACAUUGCCAGGUUCCAUGGGAGAUGUGGUUAUUAUCUUGAUGCACUUGGUAUUUUGUGUGCAACCAGAUUGUUGCUCAUGAAAAGAUGGCGAUGCUCCAAGUUUGGAAAGUUUGAUGGUGAUGAUCCAAAUGACGCUGGUGUGGAAAGAAUAAUUGAGAUUAAUGGGCCUUCUGAUGAGUUUCUGACAUCCAUAUCUGCGACUUGCGAACAUUACAAGGGCAACAUGACGAUCACAUCACUAUCUUUCACUGCAAAUAUUACCAGACAUGGACCUUUUGGAACUGUUAGUGGCACUUCUUUCUCAUCCAUACCAGCAGAAGGAUGUGUGGUGACUGGAUUCCAUGUAAGAGGUGGCUAUUAUAUUGAUGCAAUUGGCAUCUAUGUGAAACCUUACCAUUAA